CCACGAAUUACCCGGAUGCUGAGAGGAACCAUGUCUUCGAAGCAGAAUCAGAAGACGAUGUAUUGAAGUUACUAUGAAGCGGAAAUGUGAUAUAAGUGCUCAUGAACUACUUUCUUACAGUAUGCUUUUGUAGGCCAUAUAAUGAAAUAAUCACAACCACACAAUGGAUGAUUUAAACCGAAUCCCGACACAUCACAGUGCAAAGAUAUUUUUACACAGAGACUUCUCAGAUGGGACACCUGUCCGGUUUCAGAACAAAUUUCCCCAGGAAUUACAAGACAGGAUUGAUUCUGCCCAAUUUACAGCAACUGUCAACCACAUUAAUGAAAUCUAUUCAGAAGCUGAAUCAUUAGGGAGCAGGACAUACUGUGAAAGUUGUUUUGCGUGUCUCUCGGCUUACUUUCUUUACUUGUGCAUUGAACCCCAUUAUACCAAGUGUAUAAAGAAAGCAGCUAGAUACAUUGAAGAACAGAACAAGAAUGUCUAUCUUCCCAAGGGACUUAUGAUAGUUGAUCCAGCAGAGAGAGGCCUCAGAGUGCUUGAAAUUGUCAUUCUUAGUGAAAUAGCUGUAAGAUGACAACAGUCUAACCUUUGAUGGUGAACACGGACAAACCAAAUGUCCAGAAACUGUACAUAUUAUAUUGGUAGAAAAGGACUGUGGACCAUGCCUGACACCCAUCAGAAACAUUCACUAUUUAUUGGAUUAAUUACAACCACGAUCUAUUUGUUCACUAAAGUAAAUUAAUAGUGUUGAAAUAUCCUUUUUGGUAUUCCCACUGGUAAGAAGUGUAAGAUUUAUUCUGACCCUCAAUUAUUUAUUAAAUAUCCAUAGUUUGUCAACAAUGAUAUAAAUAGUAUAAGCCUUUUUUUUAAGCAGCUAUAUUAUAUAAACAUAUUGCCAAAUGUAUGGAUUGAUAACUAUAUUUCAGACUAUAUGCAUCACCUUACGAAGCCCUGUAAUGAAGCUCUAUGUAGUACAUAGAAUAAAACUGCCUUAGAAUCAAGAAUGGUCGUUUCAUCACAAGUUUGGCACAAAAUAUACAACACAGGCAUGUAGAAUUGAGAUUUUGAAUUGAAUUUUAUGUAAUUUUAAUGUCCAUGCCUGUGAUAAAUGGUGCUAUAAACAGAUAAGUUGAUGUAAAUGAUAGAUUUCCUCUCUGGCUUCCUCUUCUUGUCACUUCACUCCUGAACCCUUGGUUUCUUCCAUAUUUUAGUUGGUCCUCAAACUAAGUAUCAUUAUAAUAAGCUGGAAAUAGAUAUACAUUUUGAUAACUAUUUAAAUGUCAGACAUCAGUAUCGAGAAUUAUAUUGUUGCAUAGAGUUGGCACAGCAAUGCAUGGUAAGACUUGUACCAAUUUCAAUAUUGUCAAGGAUAUAUGAAAAUAUUUUUAGUGAAAGUAUCUGUAUAUAUAUAUAUAUAUUUACGUCUGUCAAAUUUAGAAACUGUUUGGUGUUACUAAGUUGUUACCCAUGUAUAAAAAAGAUUGUCUAUUAUUCUGAUGCUGUAGGUAAAUUAUUUGUCUUUUUGUGUAGACCUUCAUGAAGGAAUACAGCCAUUGACAACAAGUUGAUAAAUAAAAAAAAAAGUGUAUUAAAAAUUUUGACAAUUUAUGUAGGACAUGCAAGCUGAUGUAAUUGUGAAAAUGUUUAUUUCACGUAAAUGUACUUUAGAAAUAUGUUUUACUAAAAUACAACUCUUUUAAAAUGUUUUGUCAUAUUACAUUCUCUGAAAAUUGCCUUUUAAGUCCUUGUCCUGCAAUUAUUUGAGUUUUGUCCGUUUAGUUUUUCAUAAUUUAUCGGCCUAGGAAGUUAUUUGAAUUAUAAAUUGUCAUAAGUUAUAUAUGUCAUCGGCAGUUUACGAACAAAUGGUAGUGUUUGCUUACAUUGUAAUUGUAUGCAAAUCUCAGACACAUAAAAGUCAUGGAGUCAUUUUUCAGUGUGAAUCAAAAGAAGAAUUUUAUCAGUGUAUAUACAGAAAUUUAUUUUAAGGAUGUUGUAAAAAAUUGGACUUUUUAGAAAACAUUUCCAAUUGUACUUGGUAAGAUGAAAACACAAUGGAGCCAAAGGGUAAGCCUAUGUAUUAAAAUGCAAUUCAUCUAGCAUUUAAAAGCCUAGUUAUAUAAUCUUACACAUUCUCUAAUAAUGCCAUCAGGACAAGUAUUCUAUUGCAGUUUUCUCAUAACUGCAAUUACUUUUUAAAGUAUGAAUACAACGGGUACAACAAUGGAAAAUAAUUAUGGCCAUAAUUCAACCCAGUGUAUAUAAUUCUUGGUGCCAGAAAUAGUUAUAAACAUCUGAUACAUUGUCAAAUGUCUGUGUAGUGUAAAUAUUACUGUUUUGUAUGCCUUGACAGCAAGCUUUAACAGUGGACAAUAUAUCACUGCUUGUAUUUAGGUCUGUAUAUUACUGUAAUAAAAAUAAAGGAAUGCUUGAAA